CUAAUUGAAAGAUUUUACUGAUUAAAAGAAUAAGAACAACUUUUAAAAAAUGAGACGUGCAAAAAAACCGAAACCCAAACUUAAACGGCACAUUGAGGAUGUUCCGUUUUAUAAGUUUUCCCAUGGACCGGACGAGCUACCCUUGGAUCCGGCCCGGUCCUUCAUAGAAGAACAAAUCGGAAAAAUUCAUUCGACCAAGUCCAGCUGCUUUACCAAGGACUACAGUCUGCAUCUUUCACCGCGCGGAGAUGGUACGCUGGAUCCGGAACUAUUGCCACCGGAAACUGUCAACCUGUUUCAUCACCCGGAAGCUACACCACGGCCCUCGACCUCAAAGGUUUACUGUCGGGGUGAACCGGCUCGUGAUGGUGGCGGUUCACUGUCUGCAAAAGCUAAAGAUGCUACCGAUCGUAUGAUCGAUGUGUACAAACGGUUUCGAUUGAAAAUAUUUCACGAUCUAGCACUCACCAAACCGAUGCUCCGCGGUAAUGAGUUCUUCCGGCGGUAUGGCCGUACAGAUGAGACCGGUCGCCGAAAGUUACCAUCACUGUGGAGAAAAAAGCGCCCCCAAAAGUUUCAAUUCGAUGAGUUUGCCUAUCGCACGCCGGAAGAAAACGAGGAAGCGUUGCGAAAAAUUCAGAAACAUCUGGAUCGCAUGAUUGCCAAGAGCAUACGGGAGGCAGAGAAGCGUCGUCGGGAGAAGGAAGAACAGGAGAGAAGGCCACAGUUUUGUACAUCCAAGAGCAAGAAUGUCUACGAAGUUAAGGUGAAAAAGAAACGUCUUAGUAAUGAGCAAUACAUCAAGAAACUCAAGCAAUCGGAGAGCAUGAAGCUCAAAUAUCUGCAAGCACUGCUACCUGUCCAUCCCGACGAUCAAAAGCAUAAAAUAUUGCAACGGUACGAGCAUAACUUCCGGCACGCGAUGUGCUUCUUUGACGAUGCGAUGAAGCAGCGUACACUGAACGUGCUCGAUCAGCUGGACGUACGCAAAAUAGAGCACUUCCCGUCGCAUCUUAUCAAAAAAAUUCUGCCCCGCAUAGAUCAGCGUCUAAACCAUCUCAAACAAGCACACAAAUUUAUUUCCGAAGAAGAACAGCUGUGGCCCAACAUUUAUCCAGAGGUGAUUCUGAUGGAUUACCUCUUCGAUGCCGAUCAUGGUGUGUCACGCGAUCAGGCUGUAUUUUUCAUCAUCCUGCUGAUGGACCUGCAGGAAGACUAUCGGUACUACGUGAAGCGUUCGUUUCUACGCUACAUACUGCGCUCCGAGGCAGAACGAUCGCGGCUACAGCUUGCCAUUGAGCCACCCGAAUUUCCCAUGGCCACAAUGGUGGCCCCAGUGCCGUGGAAGUGCUCGAUCCAGCUCGCCAAGAACAGGCUCGAGGAAGUGCUCAUGAUAAAUCAUCCCGUGCUGCAAGCGAUCAACAUGCUAUGGCACAAGCUGUACAGCAAUCUGCUGGUAGUAGAUUCGGUCAAGUUCUACAGUACUGACAUACCGAUGCAUGCCGAUAAAAUCACGGAGAUGAUACAUAACAGCUGCCGAAUAACGAGAGAUAUUUUAAUCAACGACUGGAUGCCCAGGGUGGCUGAUCUGGUGGACGUGAUGCGCAAAUAUUGGAAAGAUCUGGUGCCCCGCAACUCUACACACGGUGGACGAGGGACAAUCUUCUUCAACUGCAUACACGCACUCACCUCCUACCAUCUGCAGGAGCUUAUCAAGAAGAGUCUUGACCAUCUGGUCGAGGCGCUGGAAGUGUACCGGGAUGGUGAUGUGGCAGGAGAGGAGCCGAAAGUACGAAAGAAGCCCUUUAUGACACUCACCGUCUCAGUGGUUGGCCAACACCACACAGAUAUUGAGAAAACGACCGAGAAAAGUGAUCUUUCCCUGUACCAGGUAGAUGAUGAUGAUCCCGAUAUACUGGCCUCGGAGUCGGACGAUUUCGCGCUAACGAACGGUGAUGAACGGAGAACGUCCUUCAUUGUUGAAAGCAGUGGUAAAAUCAUCAUCUAUCCGUACAUGGAGGAGCUCCCCGAUCUCUUCAAAAGCUACUUCGUGAAGAUCUUGAAGGUGGGCUACAAGAUACCGCGACUCGAGUACUACUUAACGCAGGAUGAGAAGCAGCUCGGCUACCUGCACUUCAUACGCACCGACAACGACGAUAUGGAGAAGUUGUACGAGCGUGUGAAGAAGAUUGUCAUCGCCAACCAGACUGGACCGACGGUUUAUCUUUACCCAAUGUACGAGUACUAUUUUCCGGUUCUGGCAAACAAGAUGAAGCUUAUAACGGAGGGCAUUUUCUCGCAAGUGGAACUACCGCCAUUGGAUAUCUUUAAAGAGCUGGUCCAAAAGUUUACCGAUCUGCUCAAUGGGAUCUACUAUCUGCGAGACUUUAUACCGCUGAAUCUAUUCAUGCUUGAUAACAGCAGGCUGAAUAAGGUACUGGAAAAGUUGGUUAAUGAUCUGAAGAACUUUGUCAUCAACUAUUUCAUUACACUAAAUCAAGUGGAUAAUAGGAGAAUUUGUGAUGAGUUUGAAGAUAUGUCGCUGCAUGCAGGCGAGAGACCUAAGGAAACUCCCGAAGUGGUGGCCCUGCAGAACUACCUUACCCAAUGCAGGGAGGAACGCAUGUACCAGCUGACGUCUGAGAUCAAGCAGGUCGCACAGCGUGUUAUCUUCCUGUUAACACAUGCUAUUCUUGACCAGGAAGAUAUCAAUCUCAACUCUCGUCUGUUCCUGUGGCCAAAGGAGUUGGAAAAGGUGCUCGAUCUUAGCGGUGCUCGAUUAUCCGUUGUGCGUGAUAAUCUCGAAACAUCUCUACGCGAACGGCGAGUCAAGUUUGAGCAGUACCUCAUGACGGAGAAGAAAAAAAUGGAUCACUUCCGUACGAGAGAGAUACGCGAAAUGCUUUCACUAGACGAUCUGCGCGAUAAAGUGGAUACAGUGGAUGGACUAAUGAAGAUCUUAGAAGAUUGCAGCAGAGAGGCAAAGGAGAUCAACACGAACGAAAACCUGCUGCAGAUCGAUCUGUCGUUCUUCCCGUCGCUCAACGAGAUGAUCGAAAAGAUGGGACCGAUCGAGAAGCUGUGGCACACGGCGUACAAGUUCGACACCUGUCACGAGGUGUGGUACUUCGGUCCGUUCAAAGAUCUGGAUGCGGACAUCAUACGGAAUGCGGUCGAGGAAAUGUAUCUCGCAAUAUCGGUGCUGCUGAAGGAGCUUACCGGUAGCCCGCAGGCAAAGCGGGUCGCGGAACAGAUACGCAUGAAGGUGGAAAAGUUUAAGGUGUAUCUACCAAUUCUGGAGUCGAUCUGUCGCCAGGGAUUGUGCGAUCGCCACUGGAAACAGAUCUCGGAAGAGCUCGGCCAGGAAGUGAACCCGGACGUGCACAAUUCGCUCAGCCAGAUGGUGGAGAUCGAUAUCGUCAAGAUACAGGACCGGCUCGAGGAGAUCUCGAAUGCGGCCGGCAAAGAGUACGAGCUCAACAUUCAGCUCGUCAACAUGCAGGAAGAGUGGACCGAUGUGCUGUUCGUUUGCGUACCGUACCGGGACAGCGAUAUGUACAUUCUAUCCUCCGUCGACGAGAUCCAAACACUGCUGGACGACCACAUUCUGAAGGCACAGGCGAUGCGAGGAUCGCCCUAUAUCGCUGCGCUCGGCACGAAAGCAAACAACUGGGAGGAUAAGCUCAUCUCCAUGCAGGACAUUAUCGAUACCUGGCUGCAGGUGCAGGCGACCUGGAUGUAUCUCGAGCCGAUUUUCAGUUCCGAGGACAUCCUGCGCCAGAUGCCAACCGAGGGCCGUCACUUCAAGGCUGUCGAUCGCGUAUUCCGCAAGAUCAUGAAACACACCACGUCCGAUGCACACGUCAUUCAGGCGACAGAUUACCCGGAACUGCUAAACACCUUGCGGAAGGCGUACACCGAUCUAGAGGAGAUACAGAAGGGUCUCAACAUGUAUCUCGAAAAGAAGCGGCUGUUCUUUGCGCGCUUCUUUUUCCUCUCGAACGACGAGUUGUUGGAAAUUUUGUCCGAAACCAAGGAUCCGCUCCGUGUGCAGCCUCAUCUGAAGAAGUGCUUCGAGGGCAUACACGCGCUGCAGUUCGAUCCGCAGAUGGAAAUUGUUGCGAUCACAUCGGCAGAACAGGAAGUGAUACCAUGUGUUCGAAAGGUUAACCCGAAUCUUGCUAAUGGUUUGGUAGAGAAAUGGCUUAAGGAGGUCGAAACAGUAAUGCUGGAGAGUGUUAAGGAGCAGAUCUGGCAAUCGUACGAGCGCUACCCGAACGAUCCGCGAAAGGUGUGGGUGCUGAACUGGCCCGGACAAGCGGUACAGGUUGUAUCCUGCCUCAAGUGGACCGAAGAGGCCGAAGAAGCCAUCCAGCAGGGCCAGCUCCCGCAGUUCGCUAUAACCUGCAGCAAUCAGAUCGCCGAGCUGGUGGAUCUAGUGCGAGGAAAUCUGAGCACCGGUGCAACGAUUACGAUCGAAGCGCUGAUCGUCGUCGAUGUGCACGCACGCGACAUAGUCAAAUUGCUCGUUGACAAGCAGAUCAGCGAUGUGGGCGAUUUUAACUGGUUUUCACAGCUACGGUACUACUGGCGCAUAGACGACGAUGACAAGCAGAGUUACGUCGGUGUUAGCAUGGUUACUACCGACCUCAAGUACGGCAUGGAGUAUCUCGGCAAUACUGGACGUCUCGUUACGACCCCUCUCACCGAUCGAUGCUUCCGCACGCUGAUGGGUGCCUUCAAGCUCAACCUUGGUGGUGCACCGGAAGGUCCUGCCGGUACCGGUAAGACAGAAACAUGCAAAGAUCUUGCCAAAGCCGUUGCCAAAAAGUGUGUCGUGUUCAACUGUUCCGACGGGCUGGACUACAAGGCGCUCGGCAAGUUCUUCAAGGGUCUCGCUCAGUCCGGCUCGUGGGCGUGCUUCGAUGAGUUCAACCGUAUCGAGCUGGAAGUGCUUUCUGUCGUGGCGCAACAGAUACUCACCAUUCAGCAUGCCAUCGCGCAGAAGAUUGUCAAGUUUACCUUUGAAGAUACGCACCUGAAGCUCGAUCCUUCGUGUAACAUUUUCAUCACGAUGAAUCCUGGCUACGCCGGGCGCACGGAGCUGCCGGACAAUCUGAAGGUGCUGUUUCGUACGGUUGCCAUGAUGGUGCCCGAUUAUGCAAUGAUCGGCGAGAUCACGCUCUAUUCCAAUGGGUUCGAUAAUGCACGCGUACUUGCACAAAAGAUUGUACAUACGUACAAGCUCUGCUCGGAGCAACUAUCCUCGCAGUUCCAUUACGAUUACGGCAUGCGAGCGGUAAAAUCAGUCCUUAUGGCGGCUGGUUCAUUGCGUCGCGCUCAACCCCACCUGCCGGAGGAUCAAAUCGUACUGCGAGCUAUCAUUGAUGUGAACCUUCCCAAGUUUCUGCAACAAGAUAUUCCACUGUUUGAAGGCAUCUACAAGGAUCUAUUUCCUGGGGUUGAUCUCCCUCCGCCUGCCCGAGACGAUAUUGUGCGUAUUCUGCUGGUGAGGUUGGUGAAGCGGAAGCUACAACCAACAGCCUGGUACAUCGACAAAAUCAUGCAGAUCUACGAGAUGAUGCUCGUACGGCACGGUUUAAUGAUCGUUGGCGAUUCGAUGGGAGGCAAAACCACGGCCUAUCAGGUUUUGGCCGAAACGCUACGCGAGCUACGCCUCGAGAAGGGACCGAAGUGUGAAGAGCAGGGCGUACAGUACCGUAUCAUCAAUCCCAAAUCCAUCUCGAUGGGCCAACUGUACGGUAGCUUUGAUCCGGCUUCACACGAAUGGUCCGACGGUGUGUUGGCGAACACUUUCCGCGAAAUGGUCAACACAACGAGUCUGGAGCGCCAAUGGAUUCUCUUCGAUGGGCCGGUUGAUGCGGUGUGGAUUGAGAACCUGAACACGGUGCUCGACGACAACAAAAAGCUCUGCCUAAUGUCGGGCGAGAUCAUUCAGAUGACUAAGCUGAUGAACCUCGUGUUUGAGCCGGUUGAUCUGGAGCAAGCUUCUCCCGCUACUGUGUCCCGAUGCGGCAUGAUCUAUAUGGAGCCACAUCAGCUCGGCUGGAUAGCUCUGCACAAAUCGUUCUUGCUGGUGUUGGAAGAGAAAGGAGUGUCUGAGAUUAGCAUCGGCGUUUUCGAGCAACUUGUUGAGUGGUUGAUUCCACCUUCGCUCAAGUUUCUUAAAAUGGUUAAAACCGUCUUACCAAUCUCAGAGAUGCAGUGCUAUUCGAUGUUUUCCAAGUUUUUCUCCAUUUUUUGCACACGCAUGCAAAAUUACACACAAAUACAGUUUCAGCAGACGUUCCUGUUCUGCUACGCUUGGGGCUACUUCUCAUCUGUUACCAACGAGGGGCGCAAGAUGAUCGAUCCCUUGCUGCGCAAAAUACUUUACGGUGGCAAUGAAGAUCAUCCGAAACCGAAGCACUUCUCCCUGAACCGUGGCCAAAUGUAUCCGGAAAAGAUGAACUUUAUGGACUAUCGCUUUGAUGAGCAUGAAAAUUGGUGGCCCUGGCAAACGACGGAGGAAGUGGUCCUGCCCGAAUCAUGCAUAGUUUCCGAGCUUAUGAUACCGACCAAAGAAACUGGCUACAUACUUUAUUGGACCAAUCUGUGCGUUCGCAACGGCAUCCCAAUUAUGCUGGCCGGUCCGACCGGUACAGGCAAAAGUGCUACCAUCUCCAACUAUAUCCGCGAGCUGCCGAAAGCGAAAUUCAUCUCAAACAUUAUUAACUGUUCGGCACGCAGCACGGCCGCACAGGUGCAGGACACGAUCAUGGGUAAGCUGGAUCGACGGCGCAAAGGUGUUUAUGGGCCACCGGUCGGGAAAGAGUGUGUCAACUUCAUCGACGAUCUUGCCAUGCCGGCACGUGAUGAUUAUGGCUCGCAGCCACCGCUAGAGCUCGUACGUACCUGGCUCGACCAUCGCAUAUGGUCGGAUUUGCGCGAUACGUCCAAGAUCGAGCUUAUUGAUCUGCUACUCAUCGCUGCUAUGGGACCGAUCGGGGGCAGUAACUUCAUUCCACAGCGAUUGUAUCGCCACAUGUUCGUCAUAUCAGUGGACUCCUUCGAGGAUACUACACUGAUGCGCAUCUUCUCCUCGAUCGGCGAUUGGCACUUUGCGAAGGGCUUCCCGGAGCCCGUGGCACGCCUUAGCAAGCUGCUCAGUCAAGCAGCCAUUGCGGUGUAUCGUGGAGCGAUUGAAAGUUUCCUUCCAACACCGGCAAAAUCACACUAUCUGUUCUCACUGCGCGAUGUGUCACGGGUGUAUCAGGGGAUUGUGCUGCUGCCUUCGAAAAAGCUGCCCGAUCCGGAGAAACUUGUGCGGCUUUGGGUGCACGAAUCGUAUCGCGUGUUUUGCGACCGGUUAGUGGAUGAUGACGACAAGUUGAAGCUUCUCCGCCUAGUCGACGAUGCUUGCGUGACGCAUCUACGCCUGAAGAUGGAGCAAGCCUUUGGCGAUCGGCUUGAGCCGGGCCAGAAGGUGUCGGACAAGCAUAUACGCGAUCUGCUGUUCGGUAACUACAUGGAGCCCGCGGCGGUAACACGCAUCUACGACGAGGUGGACAAUUGGGAACAGUUGGAGAAAAACAUCAACUACUAUCUGUCCGAGUACAACGAACGAUCGAAAUCGCCCAUGAACCUAGUGCUGUUCCGGUUUGCGAUUGAGCAUAUCUCACGCGUCUCGCGCGUGCUGCAGAUGCCUCGGGGACAUUUGCUGAUGGUGGGACUCGGCGGAUCCGGACGGCGCAGCGCCGUCAAGCUGGCAUCCUUUAUGGGCGAUUCGCUCGUAUUUCAGGUGGAGGUGACACGCAGCUACACACUCAACGAAUGGCGCGAGGAUAUGAAAAAGCUGCUCAUGUAUGCGGGCUGCGAAGGCAAGCGUACCGUGUUUCUCUUUAACGACUCGCAGGCGAAGGAGGAAGCAUUCGUGGAAGACAUCAACUCACUGCUCAAUACGGCCGACCUGCCCAAUCUGUUCCAGGCGGAGGAAAAGGCGGUGAUCCUCGAACAAAUGCAAAUCAUCGUCCAGGCCACGAACAAGCCAAUCGAUCUGACAGCACUGUCGCUGUACACCUUCUUCGUGGAGCGUGUGCGCGAGAACCUGCACAUAGCGCUGGCCUUCUCCCCGAUCGGGGACUCGUUCAAAAAGCGGCUGCGUAUCUAUCCCUCUCUUAUCAACUGCUGCACAAUCGAUUGGUUUACGGCUUGGCCCGAUGAUGCGCUGCAGAAGGUGGCGGAAUAUUUCAUUCGCUCGAUGGAUCUCGUCAGCAGCCAGGAACGGUUGUCCUCCCGCGAGUCGUCUAGCGUCGAGGUUGUUGAACCAGUCGACGAGAAGGACCAGAAGGUGCGCAAACUGACCGAGCUGGAGUGUAAGUUGAUCGACUGUGUGCUUGUGUUUAACGAAAGCGUUGUAGAGAAUUCGAACCGGUUCUUCCUCGAGCUGGGCCGCCGUAACUACGUCACGCCCACGUCCUAUCUAGAGAUGCUACGAUCAUUCAAAGACCUGUACCACAAAAAGUACUCGGAAACCAUUACACAACGCGACCGGUACACUACCGGUCUGGAGAAGCUGGACUUUGCCGCCGGGCAGGUGUCGGUCAUGCAGGACCAGCUGAAAGAUUUGCAACCGAUGCUGAAGCAAACGUCCGACGAGACGGAGAAAAUUAUGGUCAACAUCGAACGUGAGACGGCCGAAGCCGAAAAGAAGAAAGAAAUUGUUGGUGCGGACGAGACGGCAGCGAACGAGGCGGCCGCCUCUGCUCAAGCGAUCAAGGAUGAUUGUGAGAGCGACCUGCAGGAAGCAGUGCCGGCACUGGAAGCCGCACUUUCUGCCCUUGACACGCUCAAGCCGGCUGACAUUACCGUGGUAAAAUCGAUGAAGAACCCACCGUCCGGUGUGAAGCUUGUGCUGGAAGCCGUCUGUGUCAUUCGUGGCAUCAAGCCGGACCGAAAGCCUGAUCCGAAUGGCCAUCUGGUGGAGGACUACUGGGGACCGUCACAAAAGAUGCUGGGAGAUCUCAAGUUUUUGGAUAGCUUAAAGACCUUCGACAAGGACAACAUUCCUAUACCCGUCAUGAAGAAGAUACGAGAAGUGUACAUCGCCGAUCGUGAGUUUGUGCCCGAGAAAAUCAAAAGCAUCUCCAUGGCCUGUGAAGGUCUGUGCCGGUGGGUGCGGGCUAUGGAAAUCUACGACCGUGUCGCAAAGAUUGUCGCCCCGAAAAAGAUUGCCCUCGCCGAGGCGGAAGCAGAGCUGGCGAUGCAGAUGGAAAAGCUCAACUCGAAGCGUGCCGAGCUGCAGGAAAUUCUCGACAAGCUGCAGAAGCUGAACGAUUUCUUUGCCGAAAAGUCGCGCGAAAAGAAACGCCUGGAGGAUGAGAUCGAUAGCUGCGAAAAGAAGCUGAUACGUGCCGAGCAACUGAUCGGUGGACUUGGUGGUGAAAAGCGGCGCUGGUCAGAGUGUGCCUUCAAUCUGCACCAAUCGCUUAGUAACGUAGUGGGUGAUGUACUGCUUGCUGCCGGGUGUGUGGCGUACCUGGGCUGCUUCUCGACCGAGUUUCGCUCAACGAUCGUACAGGAAUGGAACGCGGAAGCCGUCACGCGACGCAUACCCUGUACGGAAGCCUUCUCUCUCAUCACCACCCUUGGCAAUCCGUUGCAAAUCCGCAGCUGGUCUAACUGGGGCCUGCCGACGGAUAACUUCUCCGUUGAGAAUGGUAUUAUCGUGAAGCAUGCGCGUCGCUGGCCGCUCAUGAUCGAUCCCGAAGGGCAGGCUAACAAGUGGGUUAAGAAUAUGGAGAAAGCAAACAAUCUCAAGAUCAUCCAGCAGAUGGAAGCCAACUAUAUGCGCAUCGUGGAGAACGCCAUCAUCAAUGGGUAUCCGGUGCUGCUCGAGAACGUGGGCGAGAAUAUUGAUUCCGGGUUUAAUUCCAUCCUCGAGAAAAACAUCAUCUACCAGAAGGGAUCGUACAACAUCAAGUUCGGCGACGGUAUGAUCGAGUACAACGACAACUUCCGGUUUUACAUCACGACGAAUCUGCGCAAUCCUCACUAUCUGCCCGAAACCGCCGUCAUGGUGACGCUGAUGAACUUCAUGAUUACGGAGCAAGGCUUACGGUCGCAGCUGCUCGGUACGGUCAUCGUUCAGGAGCGUCCCGAUCUGCAGGAGAAAAAGGAAUCGCUCAUCAUCGAGUCUGCCCAAAACCAGGAAGCGCUGUACAAUGCCGAGGCAAAGAUUCUGCAGGUACUCUCCACUGCGGAGGGUAACAUACUGGAUGACGAAAAUGCGAUCGACAUUCUCACCUCCAGCAAGCAGCUGUCGGAAGAGAUACAGGCGAAACAGAUCGUAGCCGUGGCGACGGAAGCGGAAAUUGAUGCCGCCAGACAACAGUACAUCCCGGUGGCUCGCCAUUCGGCUGUGAUUUUCUUCUGCACCGCCGAGCUGGCAAAUAUUGACCCAAUGUACCAGUUCAACCUCACCUGGUUCUUGAAUAUCUUCGUACAGGCGAUCCUAAACUCGCCCAAGUCCGACGAUCUUGAGCAGCGUCUGAAACAUCUCACCGACUACUUCACCAUGGCCAUCUACAACAAUGUGUGUCGCUCGCUGUUCGAGAAAGAUAAGCUAAUGUUUUCGUUCGUGCUGUGUCUUGGUAUCAUGCGUGGCCGGGGUGACAUUAAGGAUCCAGAGCUUUCCUUCCUGCUGACCGGUGGGCUUGCGCUGGAUAACCCCUACCCCAAUCCAGCUCCCGAGUGGCUCACGGACAAGUGCUGGUCGGAGAUAGUGCGUGCCGGAGCGCUACCUUCCCUGAAAGAGCUGCCCCAAUCGAUCAUACAAAACAUUGCCCAGUGGAAAGCGUACAACGAUCUCAACGAACCCGACGCCCAUCCGCUGCCGGAGCCGUACGAUCAGCACGAAAACAUCACCAAGCUGAUCGUGUUGAAGUGUCUCCGGCCCGAUAAGGUCGUUCCCGGUUUGCAGCGCUUCAUUGUACAGAACAUUGGCAAAACGUACGUAGAGCCGCCACAAUUCAACCUGGAAACAUCGUACCGUGAUAGUUCGCCGAGAAUUCCGCUCAUUUUUAUGCUCUCGCCCGGUUCCGACCCGAUGGACAACAUCUUUACGUUCGCUAACGCUCACUACAUGAGCGACGACUGUCGAGUCAUCUCGCUCGGACAGGGCCAGGGACCGAAAGCGACGCGAACUAUACUCGAUGCGAUCAAGCUGGGCUACUGGGUUGUGCUGCAAAACUGUCACGUGGCCGAAUCGUACAUGGACGAGCUGGAGAAAAUUUGCAUGGACUCGAGCCUGUACGAGUCGGUCCAUCCCAAGUAUCGGCUAUGGUGCACUUCAUACCCCAGUCGACGGUUUCCAGUAUCGAUACUGCAAAAUAGCGUCAAAAUGACGAACGAAGCACCGAAAGGUGUUAAGAACAAUAUGACACGCAUCUUCACCACUGAACCACUGUCCAAUAACGCGUUCUACUCGGACGCUUUCGAUGAACAACUCGCCAACAUAUGGCUUCGGGGAGUGUUUUCUCUGGUAUUUUUCCACGCCGUUGUGCAGGAGCGAUGCAAAUUUGGUCCACUUGGCUGGAACAUCCCCUACGAGUUCAAUGAAUCCGAUCUGAAGAUCUCCCUGAUGCAACUGAAGAUGUUCCUGAACCAGUAUCACAAGAUACCAUUCGAGGGACACAUUUAUCUUACGGGAGAGUGUAAUUACGGAGGCCGAGUUACCGACGAUAAGGAUCGGCGUUUGCUGAUGGCUCUGUUGAACCGAAUCUACAACCAGGACACGAUCGAUGUCGAAAACUAUCCCCUGACGGAAUCGGGCCGCUAUAAAGUACCGGUACUGCCAACCAAGACUGAAGCACUUGCCUACAUCUCCACAAUGCCAAUGAUCGCCCACCCGGAGGUGUUUGGAUUGCACGAGAACGCUGACAUCACGCGCAAUAUUGAUGAAACCUCGUCGCUGCUAGAUCGAGUUCUGCUCACCCAAACGCACCUAUUCGCCGGAACGGCCUCCUCCGACACGGAACAAAAGGAGGAUCCGGUGCUGCUGCUGUGCACCGAGAUUGCCAAAAAGCUACCCACCCUGUACGAUGUCGAUGCCGUCGCCGAACUGUAUCCAAUCGAGUACGAAAACUCGAUGAACACCGUGCUGCGCCAGGAGCUCACGCGCUUCAACCGGCUGCUAGAGUACAUUCGCCUCAGCUUAAUCGAUGUGCAGCGAGCCAUCAAGGGCCAGAUUAGCAUGAUACCGGAGCUGGAGAACAUUUACCGGGCGAUGAAAAUAUCGCGCGUACCGAAAGCGUGGCUGUCGAAGAGCUAUCCCUCGCUGAAGCCACUCGGCAGCUACGUGAACGACUUUGUGCAGCGGUUAGCCUUCUUCCAGCGCUGGAUCGACGAGGGCGAACCGAACGUGUACUGGAUGAGUGGGUUUUACUUUACGCAGUCGUUUCUGACCGGCAUUAUGCAGAACCACUCGCGCAAAUUUAAGCUCCGCAUCGAUGACCUGGUAAUGAACUUCGAUGUAACCAGCUUUGAGUCGGACGAAGCGGUCAAAGAUUCUACCGAGGUGGAAACGUUUGUUAAGGGCCUCUACCUGGAAGGUGCCCGUUGGAAUCGGGAAAGCAUGCGGCUGGAUGAGCCCUUGUCGCGCAUCCUCUACGACACACUGCCAAUCAUCUCGAUGACCCCAAUACUGAAGUCGGAAAAAAGUGAACAGCGCGUCAAUCGUUACGACUGCCCCAUCUACAAAACAAGCGAACGGCGUGGCGUCCUAUCCACCACUGGCCACUCGACUAACUUUGUCAUGUUCCUCGAGCUGGAAACUGAUAUGCCGCUGGAGCAUUGGGUUCUGCGGGGAACGGCCUGCCUCUGCCAACUGGACGAUUAAUCUAGCCAGACCCGCAAAUACUCUCUCUCUCUCUCUCUCAUACUCUUUUGCACCGUCUCUAUUUCCACAAAUGUUUUGAUUGUUUUGGUGUGGCACAUCGCAUCUAACCCACGGCAUGGGUUUCAAUAAAUUUGUAGUCGUUUUAUCCACUCUA